AUGCCUCCAGAAGACAUCGGGUCGACAAGUCUAGCAGAUGCUACGACCGUAGGCGAUCGUUUCUCGCGCCUUGCAUGCGACCGGUGCUAUCGCCGCAAAGCACGCUGUGACAAGAUUCUUCCAGCCUGUACGACUUGCGCCCGAGCGGAUGCCGAAUGCUGCUACAACUCCCGUCAGGGUCUGGCCCGGCGGGACGAAUUGGUCGAAUCGUUGGAGAGACGCCUUCGGCAAAUGGACGCCAAAAAUCGGGCGUUGUCCAAGGAAUUGCAGCAAGCGAGGGCCAAACAGGUGUCAACAGACCAUACCGCCCGUGUCGUCGCGAGUGGAUACGGAGGCAGCAGCACGUCUCCGGGGCCCGUGGAACAGGACAAGAGCAGGGAAGUCGAUAAUGGCAAUGAGGUCGCCAAGCAGGUCUUUUCUCUUUCCCUGAAUGCCGGGUCUCAGAGCCAGUAUCUCGGCUCGGCGAGCGGCGCGAUUCUGGCCAAUCUGCUCGGAGUGCACGGUCGCAUUGUCACAGCCGACAGCGACAAUGACUUGGUCUUCCGGCGGUUUGAUCCCGGAGCCGGGAACAACGCCGACUGCCCGGGAGGAGAAACGGGACAUCAACCCUCGGAACGUCUGGCCCGCGAUCUGAUGGCCGCAUAUCUCUCGCAUGACCACAUAUGUUACCCGUAUCUCGAUCCACACGACCUCAUCACGUCUUUGACAGACCUGUAUGCUGACAACACGUAUCUCGAGCGUCAUCCGGUGGAAACUUUCACCCUCGACAUGGUAUUUGCAAUCGCCACUGCCCAGGUGCACAAAUACUCCUGGCAUGUCAUGCCGGACGCAGAAACGUACUACGAGCGCGCUAUUUCGAGAUUCGGUACUGCGCUUGAGGCGGGUGGCCUAGUGGCCCUCCAGAGCAUCAUGUUGCUCUGUCAGUAUCGCAUGCUCAGCAUCUCUUACAGCACCUCUGCAAGCCUAUGGCACCUUCUAGGCAUGGCUGCUAGGCUCGGUCUGGAAAUGGGCCUACAUCGAGAGGCUGUGUACGUCAUUCCGCCCGACCUGUCACCGGCUGCUCUAGGGAGGGCUAGACGCAAGAACGAAGUCAAAAGAAGGUGCUUUUGGUGUCUGUUCGGAAUGGACCGUAUUGUGAGCAAUACGCUAGGAAGACCUAUGGCGAUCAACCUUGACGACAUAGACACGGCGUACCCGUCCGCCGAACACGAGCAACACCCUCUCUUCAGCUCGACCCCAACAGCGGACGAAGUAUUCGAGGCUUCACAGGAAUUCAGAAAUACCUCCGUGUUUGUUCACAUCACACGGCAUCGGGUACUCACUGGCAAGAUUCUCUCCAGCCUGCAUAAUGUACCGAAGAGCAGGAUGCCGGAUCAGACUACUUGUGCGGUCAUUCGCCAACAGCUCUCUGCAGAACUUGAUGAAUGGAAGCGUGGCGUUUCCUCUCUUCCAUUGACAGACACAAAGUCCGGACGUCAAUAUGAGCUUUCAACCUUCAAGUCCCUGGAGUGGUAUCGUCUGCUGUAUCACAACUGCAUCUUGAUGCUGUACAGACCGAUUUACACGACGGAUGACGCAAGCCCCACUGCCGAGGUUCUCGAGCGGCUUUAUCAUUCAUCACGACAGUCUAUCCAUGCAUAUAGCCUCCUCCAUCGAGAUAGACGAAUAAACUACACGUGGAUCACGCUGCAUGCCGUCUUCAUCGUCGGCCUAUCUUAUGUGUACGCCGUCCGUACGCAUUUCCAGAACAGGCGGCGUCACAUCAAGCAUCCUCUCGAACGCCAGCCAAGGCCCGCCGAGGGGCAGCUGUCGGCCGAUCCCGCGAUCUCCCAGAUCGUGUCAGACACAAGGGCCUGCUCCACCGUCCUCGUCGCGCUUUCGGAACGGUGGAACACGGCGAGGGAGUGUCACAAUGUGUUCGGGCGGUUAUGCGAUGCCGUCAUCGUCGAUGCCUCCGACUUCCACGUGAAUUCUUCACAAAGCAAGGGCGAGAGAGGGCCGGCUUCGCCCCAAGCUCAAGCGGAACCAGAUGAGCUCCCAUUGUUUGACACGCUGCCCCAAGACGACUUCUCCAUUUUCGCAGCCACAGACUUGGAUCAGAAUUACCAGGGUUGCUUCGAAGAUCUACAAAGAGUCCUUGGAGGUCAUUAUGAUGACAAUAUGAAUGCCCUAUUGUGGCCCCAGUUUGACAUGGAUUUGGGUUUCGAUUCAUGA